UGUUGUCUCUCUUUUAAUUUCCAUACACUGAAAACUUGAUUUUACGCAUUCUGUUCUUACCAACGUAAUAAAUGCUUUUUCUUCUCAGUUUCUGUUGCGUAUUCUUUAACUUCAAAAGAAAAAUGGAGCCUCGGGCAAUUAUGUUUUGAAAAUCAGAAAGAAGUGUUGCAGUUAUAUUGCUUAAGUUGACCCCUUUUUACCUUCUACCAACCAAAUCUUGUCAGUAUGAUAAAUUUGCACAUCUGACGGCGGCGUUUUUUCACAAAAAUAGAACAAACUAAAUCCUUGUUUUCAGAUUGGCGUUUCUUAGCUUUCUUCAUUUUUGAGGUGGUAGUUUUAGUGCCGUUUCGAGAAGCAAUGCUGACCGCUGUGCUUUUUCCGACUGUAGACUUAUAUCCUCCGUUUUUUUCUCGCGUAUCAGCUAAAACUGGAGGUUUUGAUCUUCUUUUAAGCUCUAGUUGAAAAUUCAGUCUGUUUAUUUUUCCAUUUUUCUGCCGUUUUAAAACGAAAAAAACACUGCAGCUUAAUAAUAAUAAUAAACAUACACAAAUUGAAAAGUUCAUUGUUUUUUUUUAUUUUGCGAGUAUAUCGAGUGAGUAUAGCUUACCAUUACCAUUUAUGGCAUGGAGGAAAACUGAAACGACAAUCAAACAAAAUUAUUUAUCCCAACUCUCCCUUCUCAAUUAAACGUGUCUCUGCAUACCUUUCUACGUUUCAGCUGGCGGGAAAAAGAGCGUGACGUUUUUCCUUCUCAUUUUUAUAAAAUGCAGAAACCAUUGGUUGUUUUUACGUACAGAAUGGAAUAUAUUGCUGUACCAACAUACCAAUAUAUAGCAGAUAUUUUAUUAGCUGACAUUUAAUGCCCUUUUUUCACCAUUUGAAUAGAUAAAGAAACAGUAGAAAAUUACUCUAAUUGCUGAAGGCAAACAUUUUAGGCUGUUAAAAACGCUAGUUACCGAUUAUUUCGUGGAACUGACAGAAAAACUAUGUUUAGAUUGAACAAAAUCUGUGCAGAAAAAACCAUCGGCGUUCGUGGAAGCGUCUUUUUGUGACCUUUACAGUUGAUCGGAGACUGAACUUACUCAAAUCUGAAGAAGAAGAUGAUUAGUCAACGGAUUAUUGGGUUACCAAUUCCAUUCACAUCCAAUCAAGGCGUCAUCAGUCGCUUCCUCCCCCCAUUUGGGUUGACUCCGCCUCAUAACUGAAUUAUUGGCACUGCAGCGAUUCCUCCUCCGUCUCUCAGCUGACAGUGGAAUCGACUCUUCCGACCAUUUUCGGACUCCCAACAUAUCAUUCUUAAAAUGGCUGCUUCGAAGUACUACCCAAACUGCGCUCCGGACGAUUAUGCGCCCGACAGACCCCCUCCACCACCCCCUCCCAGAAAUCGAAACUCCCAACACUAUAAAUAUACCUCCCGAUCGCCACCGGCCCAACAGCACUACCCUGGUAGUCAAGGUUCCUGGUCAUCCAAUCCUCCCCCCUAUAUUAUACCGAACGACAUUCCAAGACGGCCGCCUCCCUCGCCGCCAAAGUACAGCACAAGAGAAGGCACAAAAACUACACACAGACCCGAGCCGGAUUCGAACCCCAAUCCGGGUCCAAACAGAAGUAACAGAAAUGGAGUGGUACCAAAUGAGCAGACGAAUGGAGUUGCUGCCAAUACGGGGUCGGACGCGGAGCCGCCAGUUGACCCUAAAGACAGACUGCAUAUUCUGCGGAAGCUGGCACUGGCUAUGGGUGCGGCCCCUUUGGUGUUCCCCAUUGUUACCUCGACCGUCUUCAUCAACCUGUUUCUGCUGGAGACUGCCGGCAUCACUGCCCGCAACGUGAGUGUGGUGCUGUUCGUCGCCCGUGCUUUCGACGCCAUAUCAGACCCCAUUGUGGGAAUACUCGUGAACAAAACACAACAGAAGGGACCCAGUCUGAAGCGGUGGAUGACAGCUGCUCUGCCCUUCCUCAUGGGCUCAUACUUCGCACUAUGGUUCACUAUGGACAUCCCUGAAUGGUCCAAAGUGCUCUACUACACAGUCAUAUAUAUUAUACUUCAGGUGGCAUUCACAGUGUACAGUGUGCCCUACUCGGCCCUGAUAAUGUACCAGACUAACAACAGACAGGAGCGGGACUUGGUGACUGCGUUCCGAAUGACGGCCGAGAUCCUGUUCGCAGUCUGCUCCGUCGCCAUCUUCGGGGGCAUCACCACCGGAAGUGACCUUGCGGGAGACGAGGAGAACUGCGAAGCGGAGAAGGCGGAACUCGAGACAAAGUAUGUCAUAUCAGCCCUAGUGGUAGUUGGAGUCGUGAUGGCGUCGGGCGUGGUCACAUUCUUCGGCACCCGAGAGCGAACUGAUAUCCGAACAGCCUCGGCCAAGACGCCAGUGUGGACAGCCACUAAGCGGGUGAUGACUCACAAGCCAUAUGUGUAUUUAAUGAUGAGCUACUUCUGCAUGUACCUCUCAGUGGCCAUAGUUCAGGGCAAUCUUCAGAUAUACUUCAAACACAGCCUGAAGAAAGGGGAGGGGACGGAGUUCACGGUGGCAGUCAUCAUCCUCAUGUCCUCGGGGGGACUGGGGGUGCCCCUCUGGCAACUGGUACUCACCAAGUUCGGCAAGAAGGUCGCUGUAUUCGCAGGUGUGUUGGUGUUUGUGCCUGCUCUGUGCAGUCUCUACUUCGUGCCCUCUGGCAUCAACCAGUGGAUCAUCUACUCCAUCUGUUUCGUCACUGGAUUCGGACUGGGCUCCGGCUACUUCAUGCCCUGGUCCAUGUUGCCAGAUGUGGUGGACGACUACAUCGUCAAGUACAGCGAGAGCAGCGAUAGCAUCUUCUACGGAUUCUUUGUAUUCUUCAACAAAUUCGCAGCUGGCAUUGGACUAGGAGUGUCGACGUUGUUUCUGGACAUUGCUGGAUUUGACAACAGUUGUGGGGCUGAGCAGGGGGAGGACGUGGACUUCACCCUGCGGGUACUGUGCGCCCCUGGACCAUCAGUGCUAGUGCUGCUCUACGCCUUCUGCAUCUUCAUGUACCCCCUGAAUGAAGACAAGUGUAUGGAGAACAAAGAGAUCCUGCAGCAGAGAGCGAAGAGACAGAAGGCUCUUAAGGAGCACAAUGAACAACAUGUGAAUCCUGCGUAUAACUACCUGCCCGAAUACAUUACUGCCUUGUAGAAACAAACAACAGAGACAAAGAAUGUGAAAAAAAGUAGUUUGUUGUAUAUGGUCAAU